AUGCGCUGCCUCCCCGCGCUCCUGCUCUAUGCUGUCGUGGCGUCUGUGAUGGGCGCCUGCCCGUACUCGGAUCUAUCCUUGGUCAGUGAUGACGAAGUCUUGGUCGCUGACGCCUCGUGUCCUAACAAGACGUCGUGCACUGUCGGUCCCACGUGCAAGCUGCGACGAUGGAGCGCGGGCGACGAUAAAUUCGCCAACACAGACGCAAUUGGUGACAUGAGUCGCUACGACUAUCCGAAUCUUGUGAUCUUCGACUCGCCACGAGUGACGCUUCUCAAGAUGCAGCUGCCCGCUACUGUCACUUCCCUGACCUUCGGCACGAUCGUGUCGGUCGCAGACGUGGACAAGAUUCAGGAGACGCAAUGGAGCUCUGUCCUCGGACUCGAAUUCCAGCACUCCAAGCUGACGCACAGCAACACCAUCAAUUGGCCGCGUUCGCUCCACAACAUUUCGCUCGUCUAUAGCGGCUUCAUCAACAUUCCCCAAAACUUUCCGCCCACCCUCAGAGCAUUGCGGAUCGAAGGAAGCAACCUCACCGACCUCCAAUACCUCCCGUCGAGCGUCACCUCUCUCAACGUCGCAUGGAACCAGCUCUCGUCCAUCACAAACUAUGAUUGGGAGGCAUUUACCCUCCUGCGCUUCUCGAACAAUUCCAAGCUGCAGUCGAUUUCGCGCAUUCAGUUGUCAAGCAAGCUCGAAUACUUCAACAUUGCUGGCUGCACCAGCUUGAACAACAUUACGGUCGACGCGAGUUCAUUUGCGGCGCUUGACGCGCUACAACCCGCGGCGGGGGACGCCGACGUGAAAAAAAUCUUCAAGGGGUAUGUCGCCGACGUACCAGUCUCGACGAGCGCCACUGGCUGCGCGGCCAUUGGUGGUGAGAUCAAGCGUCUCUGGCAGACCACGAACACGGCCAUAAUCAACGUCUGCGUCUUGUCUACCGCUUCGAACAGCUCAUCGUCGUCGUCCAAGAUGGGCUUGAUCAUCGGUGUCGCCGUCGGCGGUGUCGUCCUUAUUGGCGCCAUCGUCGCCUUUGUCAUCUGCAAGCGCCGUAAAGCAAAGCACCAACCUUCCCCCGUCUACAACCGCUACGAGCCAUCGAAUACAAACGGCAUCAGCUUGGCCACGGCAGGUCGGACGCUUGGUACGAAUGGCACCAAGACCAUUGGUACCAACGGCACGGGUGGACCCACUGCCGGCACCACGGGUUCGCGCCGCCCCAUCAUCAACCCGGACGUCGACGUCAUCUUGGAUGUCAAGCCGCUCCUCCAUCACCGGCUAGAGCUUCGCGACUUGGACGUGACGUCCAACAAACCACUGGCGUCCGGUGCGUUUGGCGAAGUCUGGCUCGGCACGUACGGCGGCAAGCAAGUCGCGGUCAAGCGCAUGAAGAACCAAGACGCACGCAUGGCCCAGAAGUUCAUCGAAGAGAUUGUCCUCAUGUCCCAGAUGAGCAGCGACUACAUUGUCAAGCUCGUCGUUACCUCGUGA